AUGAGGAAAAGAAGAUUAAAAAGACUUAAGGAUCUACAUCAAGGUCGACCACCAAUAGUAAAAUAUUCGCCAACGAUAUCGAGCAAAGCUACUAGGGCCAUCAUUCGCAGACACCAUACUCUUCAGAAACAACGGAAUAAGUCACUAGCUGAAGGUGAUAUUAUCAAUGCUGUUGAUCUUACGAACCAGAUUGAACAUGACGGUGGGAUCGAGUUGUACCAAAGAGCAAGUCUCCUAGGUCAGUCUAGAGAAAGGGGCGGAGAUAGCUCGAAGGUUAUGUUAAAUUGGCUGCAACCUUUAUUUUCAAAGCUCGAGGUGUCAAACAGCACAUCUAAGGUCCGGAUUUUGGAAAUUGGGGCACUUAGUGAUAGCAACGCCUGUUCAAAUAGCAAGUUGUUUGAGGUGGAAAGAAUUGAUUUAAAUAGUCAAUCUGAAAAUAUCAAGCAGCAGGAUUUCAUGGAACGACCAACGCCUCGCCAAGACAAUGAAAAGUUUGAUAUAAUUAGUCUCUCUUUGGUUCUUAACUUUGUUCCCGAUGCUGCAGGGAGAGGCAACAUGUUGAAGCGAAUUUCAAAUUUCUUGCGAACGUCGAAAAACUUAGAUACAGAGCAGGAUAUUUUUCCCUGCCUAUUUCUUGUUCUACCAGCGUCAUGUAUCACCAACUCUAGGUAUAUGGAUGAAGCGCGACUAGAUGAAAUCAUGACGAAUCUAGGAUACGUCUGCGUGCAUAAAAAGUUAUCGAAAAAGCUAGUUUAUUACUUGUGGCACCUUAGAACACUUAAACCAGCACCGAAUGCUUUCCGGAAGAAAGAAAUCCGAUCUGGAAAGACAAGGAAUAAUUUUUCAAUUGUAAUCAACCUAUGA